AUGGCUUAUGACAAGGAAUGGUUUGCCGCGCUUCAUACGAGCUAUCCUCGCGCUUGGACGAAGUAUUGUCUGGUUUCCGAGCAGAAGCUGGCAGCGUUCUGGCGCGCCAACAGAGCGGGUAGCGGCAGUCCUUUCACUUCAGGCUUGGAGCUGCCGGAGGAUCUAAGCAGAUGCAUACCGUUGGCUUUUCAUGGUGACGGUGUUCAAGUAACAGGCCUCGGCAAAACCUGGGCUGAUGGCGUAGACUGCUGGAGUAUGCAGUCGCUGCUGUGCCAGGAAGAGUCAGGCCUCUCGAAUGCCAUCGUCACGAUGGUGCCAUAUCAUCUGAUGAAGGACAACAAGGACAACCUCUUCGCUUGCCUGCAGUGGUCCUUGCAGUCGCUUCGAGAUGGUCGCUGGCCGAGCAGAAACAAGGAUGGCCGGCCCUUUCAGCCGCAUUCCCUUGACGCCAAGAGAGCUGGGCUGCCGUUGGCUAAUGGUUGGCGGGGAAUCGCCCUGGGCCUGCGGGGAGAUCUUGACUUCAUAGUAAAGUCUCUUGACGGCCCAAACUACGGAAGCGGCGAGCCAUGCAGUCUUUGUGCAGCCACGGCUGAGAACUGGAAUGAUCUGCGCGUCACGGCUCCAUGGCGACAGCAGAGUCGAACGUUCCAGUCCACGUGCAGGCUUUUUGAAGAUGUAGGCCUGAACCUGGGCCGCCUGCUGCCAGACUGGAUGCACAGCAAGCACCUCGGCUCCGACGCCUACUUGGCCGGGUCGGUUCUGACUCUGCUAGUCUACGAGCUCAUGCCGGAAGCCAAUGCCGCAGCGAACUGCGCAACGCUGCUGCCGCUUCUGCGUGAGGCAGCCUCGAUGCAGACCAUCAACAAUCUGAA